AUGGCUGAUUGGAUCAAGGCCGAUUUGAGGGGCGGAACUGGCUCGGCGAAUAUGCAGUUCAACGAAAAGAUCAAAAAAUUGCGCGCAGAAGGAGAAACUAUCCAUCAUCUUGGUUUCGGCCAGUGCCCUUUUCCUGUUCCAGAAGGAGCUGUGAAAGAGCUUCAGAACAAUGCUGCGCGAUCAACUUACACGCCCAUUCAAGGCAUUUUGCCCCUUCGCGAGGCGAUUGUUGAUUUUCACAAAAAACUCGAUGAUGUUCAUCAUUUCACAGCUGAUGAUGUCAUCGUUGCUCCUGGAUCGAAAGAGCUCAUUUAUUUGAUCAAAAAUGCGCUUGAAACAUCGGUUGUGCUUCCGACUCCAGCUUGGCCGACGUACUUGCCUCAGACAAAACUGGCAAGAAAAGCUAUUAUCAGAAUUGAUCGAACAUACGAAACCGGCUGGAAGCUCACUGCAAAAAUGCUCAGCGAUGCUUUGAGAACUAAUCCUGUUCCACCGAAAUCCCUCCUCGUUUUCACCAACCCUGAUAACCCAACAGGAUGUGUUUACUCUGAAGAAGAGCUGCAAUCCCUUGCUGCCGUUUGCCGAGAAAAAGAUCUGAUCGUCCUGUCGGAUGAGAUUUACGCUCGGUGCUUCACUAAUGGAGGAGAAAAUCUUUCUAUCGCGAAAUUUUACCCAGAAGGAACGCUGAUUUGCUCCGGCAUUGCAAAAUGGUGCGGCGGAGGAGGCUGGAGAGUCGGUUACGUUAUGUUUCCAAAAGAGCUUAGACCCCUCUACGAUGCAGUAAUCAGAGAAGGUGGUCAAACUUAUGCUACUGUAGCUGAGCCGAUACAGUGGGCUUCAGUGAAAUUGUACAAGUUCGAAGAAGAAAUGCAAAAUUACAAUAAGCACUUCCAGCGAAUUCUUGGAGCAGUAACUGAUUAUGCUUACAAAGAACUUGUCAAAGUUGGAGUCAAAUGCCAUCCAGCUUCUGCUGCGUUUUAUCUGUUCCCGGAUUUCGAAAUUUGCCGAGCAAAGCUUCUUGAGAAAAGCUGCAAGACCGGCCAAGAUAUGUGCGAUCUUCUUUUCGAAGAAGAGAAAGUCGCCUUGAUGCCUGGUGGCCCGAGUUUUCUUAGGCCGGAAGAGGAGCUAACUUCUCGACUUUGUUACAUUGAUUUCAACGGAGGCGAUGCCAUGAAAGCAUCAGAAAAAAUUGGCUUGGAAAAAUCGCUCCCGGAAGAUUUUGUUGAAAAAGAAGUCAAAACAAUGUUUGAUGCGAUUCAAAAACUUUGCGAUUUUGUCAAACGCACAACAUCAACUAAGGCACAAACAACUUCUUCCUCGGAGUUUAAGCCCCUGAGUGACAUUCUCACUGUCGACCUCGACAGCUGCACCAACAACGUCAACUUUCCUUCCGGCAAUAUAACAGAGACAGGGGGAAUAUCGAGGAUUGUCGGUGGUGUCGCAGCUAGUGAGAACUCGUGGCCUUGGAUAACUCGAUUUUUCUUGCGAGAAACGAUUGGUAGCGGAAGUGGACGUGGAUGCGGUGGCACUAUCAUCCACACCAAUUGGGUGUUGAGUGCUGCACAUUGCUGCGAGGACAUGGUGGAGAUCUACGCGACAUUUGGUGAUAUCGAUUCUGACACUUAUGACUCAGACCAGUAUUUUCUCCGAUCAACCGAAUUUUACAACCACCCAGAAUAUGGCAACAUGUCAGACGGCACUGGAGCUAACUCAGAUUGGUGUCUGAUCAAAUUUGACAAUAAUAUCAUUGCUGCGGACCCAGAAAAAAAAACAAGAAUCGCUUGUCUUCCAGACGCUGAGCCGGAUCACGGGGAAGCGUGUUGGACCGCUGGAUGGGGCCUUACGUCUCCUGGAGGAACGACUGGAUCUGACGAGCUCGUAUCUGUUGGAGUAAACAUAAUGAGCCAAGAAUACUGCACCAACAAAAGUUAUUAUGGAAAAAUCUUGAGGUUGGUCGCGGACGAUAUUUGCGUUGGUGUCCCCGAUCUCAACGGUGACAAUAUUACUGAUGGCGGCAAGAGUCCGUGCCAGGAUUAUAUCCGACUCAUUUCCUCCACCACAGCGUUCGCAGUCGACCUCGCUGCCAAGUCCGGCAAGCAUGAAGCAAGAAAUCAAGACGGAGGAGCCCUCGUUCAAAAUAUUCAAGAGAUUUUGGUCAAGACAGAAGACGACCAGGAGGAACGUGACGCCGAGAAACAACGAAAGAAAGGCCUGACUGGAACUGACUGUGAUACGAGCAGUCUUACGAUUGCCAAGUUUUCGGCUGAUAUAAAAUGCGCGGAAGGAGAUUUCAUCCCUGAAGAAACCAUGUGCACGCUUCAGUGUAUUUCGCAAGGAACUGCGCCUGUUUUCGCCGAACUGCUCUGCCGAAAAGGUGAGCUCCAUCCUCCUGGAUUUCUACUGAAUUACUACUGGUCCGACUGGGACAUGGAAAAUGGCCUUAAAGUCAGCUGCGAAAUUCCCGAUAACGUCCCCGCGCCGGGCAUAAAGCGAGGCAUGGCAAUUUGGAAUCACGGCGAUCAAGCGGACUUUGUAAGAACCUACAAUACCGUGCAUAAGAACCCGGAAAGCCCGACCAUCGGCUGGAUCAGCUUUUGGUCACUUAGCCAUAGUUGGUGGUCGUUUCAAGAAGAAGGGGACGAGGAGCUUUUGGCUGAGAAUAUGCAUGUCUGGCCGAUUAUGGCGUAUCCGCGAUGCAGACAGGAUACAGACUCGAGAUAUGGAGAUGGGACUUGUGACCAGGAAGCUUGCGGAAGUAAACCCUGGGCGAAUACCUGUACCCAUCCGAAAUACAAUUUUCCCCGAAACAACGAGGUCCUUAAAACUGGCGAAAAAUGGAUGGGUUACCUGAACGAACCCUACGGUGACAGUCAAGCGAAUCUGACUGUGCCGAAUGCAUUCGAGCUCUGGCCCUCAUUUUGGAAACGCGUUGAGGAACACGCAGUAAACCACAAUGUUUCGACGGAUGAAAUCGGUAUUGUCGGCCCUUCUAUUGCUGCUAAAAGUGGCGCGAUGGACUGGGGCGAGGAUUUUUACUUCAACUUGCCAGAGCACGUAAGAAUUGAUGCAAUCAACGUCCACGAAUAUCGAGUCAAUGGAGGGCAGCAAGGUGUUGAUUGCAAGUGCGAGCCAAUUUUGCUUAGAGACACCCUUAGUCAUUACAAGGCAAAAUUCGGCUAUCCGGUUUGGCUUGUCGAAUUCAACUGUGGAAAUGGCUGGUGGGACUGUCCAAACGAGCAGCAUCACGAUUACAUGAAGGAAACUCUUCCAAUGCUGGAGGAAAUGCCUUGGGUAGUCCGGUAUAACUGGAUGGCUGCUUUGACUGAGACUCAAUUCGGCGCACUCAAUAGCAAUGUUGCGCCUUAUCCUUUGACGGAGCUCGGCGAAACUUACAAUAAUUUUGUCUGGGAUAGGGUCAACAAUCACAAUCCACAGUGGGGCGAUAAUGCUGGAGUUGAAGAUAAGAAAGUGGAGUGA